AUGUCGCAUUACUCAAAGUCUCUCCUGUUGAGUUCACUGUUAGCGUUAUCUACUCUUGUCUCAGGGUUGGGCAGAUCCUGCUCAGCACCGUUGGGUGGUGGAACAGCGGCUCCAAGUGAUCCGUAUUGGCUUCAGACUAUCAAGCAUCAAGGAACUUCGGCUUUCAACUCGGACCCCAGUUCUUACCAGGUUUUCAGGAAUGUCAAGGAUUUUGGAGCCAAGGGCGAUGGUAUCACCGACGAUACUGCUGCUAUCAACUCGGCCAUGUCCUCCGGUGGACGUUGCGGCGGCGGAUCUUGUAAUUCUUCCACUGUUACUCCUGCCAUCGUGUAUUUCCCUACGGGGACUUACCUCGUCUCCUCGGCGAUUGAGACGUACUAUUACACGCAGAUUAUUGGGGAUGCAAAGAAACCCCCAACCCUCCUUGCCAGCUCGUCUUUCAAUGGAUUUGCAGUCAUCGAUGCUGAUCCUUACAUUCCCGAUGGUUGGGGUGCUCAAUGGUUCACUAACCAGAACAACUUCUAUCGUUCCGUUCGCAACUUGAUAAUUGACCUUAGGCAAAUCCCUGCAUCAACUUCUGCAAUUGGUUUGCACUGGCAGGUUUCGCAGGGCACUUCGCUCAUCAAUAUUGUGGUCGAGAUGUCCACCGCUUCUGAUAACAACCACCAAGGAAUGUUCAUGGAGAAUGGGAGUGGCGGUUUCAUGGGAGACAUUAUGUUCAACGGAGGAAAGUACGGUAUUCAAGUUGGUAACCAACAAUUUACGGUCCGUAAUCUGACCGUCAACAAUGCCGCAACUGCUGUCUCUGGCAUCUGGAAUUGGGGAUUCACGUUUCAAGGAGUCACGAUCAAUAAUUGCAAAAUCGGCUUUGAUUUGGCGACCGGUGGAACGUCAAAAAGCAAUCAGACCGUCGGUUCAGAGGCUAUCAUCGAUGCAGUUGUGACCAAUACCUCCAUUUUCGUUCGCUCUUCGGUAGCGAGCAAUGGUCAACUGGCUGGCUCCCUCGUUCUCAACAACAUCAAGCUGAGCAAUGUUCCCACCGCAGUUGCAGUUCUCGCUGGUGGUACGACGACAAUCGCUUCCUGGGGUCAAGGAAAUGUGUAUUCCGGAACCAGUGGGUCCAAGACAUUUACACAGGGAAACAUCGUCUCUGCAAAUAAGCCCUCCGUACUUUUGGAUAGCGCUGGACGAAUCUUCGGAAAGGCUCAUCCUCAGUACGAGAACUAUGCUGUCAGUCAAUUCAUCAGCAUCAAGAGCCAGGGUGCAAAAGGCGACGGCCACACAGAUGACACUACCGCUAUUCAAAACGCUCUUGAUGAGUACGCUGGAUGCAAGAUCAUCUUCUUCGAUGCCGGAACGUAUUAUGUGACCGAUACCAUCACCAUCCCCGCUGGAGCUCAGAUCGUCGGUGAAGCCUGGUCAGUCAUCAUGGCUGGUGGGAGUGCUUUCAGCGAUCAGAAGAACCCUCGUGUGGUUAUUCAAGCAGGCGCAGCAAAUUCUCAAGGUGUCCUGGAGAUAAGCGAUAUGGUCUUCACCACUGCAGGCCCUACUGCCGGUGCCAUCAUGAUCGAGUGGAACGUGCAUGAUCCAUCUGGUCAGCAAGCAGCGGCAGGAAUGUGGGACAGCCAUAUUAGGUUGUAUUCACAAUGUCCCCCAGGCUCUGUCAAUAGCGCCUGUCAAGCUGCUUUCCUUGGGAUGCAUUUGACUUCUGGAUCGAGUGCAUACCUUGAAGGCACAUGGGUCUGGACCGCCGACCACGACCUUGAUACUUCCGGCUCCUCUAAUAUCUCGAUCUUUACUGGUCGCGGGAUUCUUUCCGAGUCUCGUGGCCCAGUAUGGCUUAUUGGCACAUCUGAACACGCUGUGCUGUACCAGUAUAGCCUGGUGAACGCUCAGAACCACUAUAUUGGCUUUGCCCAGACUGAAACGCCGUAUUACCAACCCUCUCCGGCUGCUCCAGCACCUUAUAACACUGUCUCGACCUACAAUGACCCUACCUUUUCGAGUUCGAUCGACAUGGCCUGGGGAAUGUACAUUCAGUCUUCGAACAACAUCAUCAUAUUUGGAGCGGGCUUCUAUAGUUUCUUCCGGAACUAUAGCCAGGACUGUUUGACCACCAACACUUGCCAACCACAAAUUUUCAACGUCGACUCCGCGUCAAACGUCACUGCAUACAGUGUGUCAACCAUAGGUACUACAUACCAGCUCAGCGUGUCACAGGAUGGGGUCAUCCGCUCCAGCGAUAAUGCCGAUGGGUUCCAAGAGACUUUCACAGCUUGGAGCAAGUAG